UCUACAGUCGUCUCUUUUCGACCUACAGGCUAAAUGCGGCACAAACAUAAAAUUUAUCUUAAAAGUGCGUUUUUUCUGUAUUUCCACUAAGGCGGCUUUGUAUCUAAUAGAUGUCCAGACCUUUUGCUGCCUCGGUUUGUCUGUAUUGUAAAAUGUACAAAGCACGACUAAAGACGCAACGAAUAGACGACGGUACGCGUUAAAAAAUAUUAAAUAAAUUUUUAAGUGAUUUUUGUUUUUUCUGUGAAAAUGAAAACCAUGAAAUAAAUAUUUAAGAAAAAUAUAUAUAUUAGAAAUAAAAAUUAUAAAAGUGAAAAUUGCGGAUAAAGUGAAAAAUUUUAUAUUGAUUUGAUUGGAGUUUUUUUCCUGGUCUUUUUUUCCUCUUCUUCGGUUUUUCUUGUUGUUCAUAUUUAAUUGCGUGUGUGUGUGAUUGCUUGUAUCUUUUUGCCUCUCUUCUUCUUCGUUUCGCUCACAUUCGUAUUUUUUGUCAGUUUCGUUUCAUUUGGCUGCCUCUGAGGUCUUGUACGACGACAACAACAACGUUAGCAGCAAUAAUAAAAACAAAAACAACAACCUUAUAAAAAGGCCUAUAUCAAACAUGUUCUGCAGAGGAGAGUAUACAUGUGUACAAGUGUGUGUGUGAGAAUAUAUUGUGAAUGUAUGUAUGUUGUGUGUUUGGCAUUCAAUGCCAAAUAUCCUUGCAAAAUAAAGAGGGUCUAAUACUUUCGAAAAAAUUACAAAAAUGAAAGAGUAAAAGAAAUGGCAUGAUUUCAAAAAAGUAGAAAAAUCAAAAAUAGGAAAUAUAUAAAAAAUAAAUUACAAAUUUAAAUUAAAUUAUGUUAAACAUAGAAAUAAUUUUGAAAAAUAAUGUGAAAUAUAAAAAUAACAAAAUUUCAAAAUAAAAAACAUGUUACUUUUAACACCCCUAAAUUUUUAAUAGUGCAAAAAUUCUAAAAAUUAAAAAAAAUAAACACACAAUAUAAUAAAAAAUUGCCACCACCAAAUUUAAGUGCUUUUUGUUUCAAAAUGAAAUAAAUUUAAAAUAAUAACAACUGCAACGACAGUGAGCAAUAUCCAGUAAUUAAUUGUCAACAUUAACAAAUUGUAAAAACAGAAACAGCAGCCCUAGCAGCAGCAACACCAACAUUUUUUUUUAUUAAAUUUUGUAUUGCCACCGUUUAAUACAACUUGCUAUAACCACAACAACAACAACAAUAAAAAUACACACAACCCAACCCAUGCAACUGAGAAAAACAACCACCCAGUUGUUAAAGUGAAUGAAUAUGAAAGCAAAACAAGAAAUAUUAAAUUAACAUCAUCAAGAACAGAAGAAUCAGACUUCUUUAUUUCUCUCGCCUGGUUGUUUUUGUUGCAAAAUUUUAAGAAUUUUCUUGUCUGUCAACUCUCAAACACAUUGAUGGACUUUUGCGACGAACGAGAAAAAGCAGAGAAUUCCCAAUGGAUAUUAAAUGUAUUAUACUAGACAUAAAUUGAAAAAUGCUUAAAGUACACUCAUACAUAAAUUAUAAAGGUAAAUUGUUAUAUCUAGUAAAUAUACGUAUAUUACCAACGGAACAAUCGAAUAAUGUGAAACGACUGCAGGCGAUCAAUACAAAAACGAUCGUUUAUUUCUUUAAACUAAACUUUAACAUAAAGACCUUUAACUACACAAACCAAAGAUUUAUUCUAAACUUAAGUUAAAAUACAUUAGUUGCCAUCAUGUCUAAGCAUAAGGAUAACGAUCAUUUACGCAAUGAUAUUUAUGAAAAUCUACCAUGUCAGGCCAUGUUUAAUGAGUCUGUACGUAAAAUGCAACAGCAAAAAAAUGUACAAACAACCAAUCCCAACUCGAAUAAUAUUAACUCGAAUAAGGCGUUGUCCCAGCAAUUGCUAAUUAAUAAUAUCAGUAAUCAAAGUGCUCAUUUAAAUGCUACCAAUUCGAAUGCAAAUGUCAAUUCAAACUCAAAUUCUAAUUUGGCUCCAAAUAAUAAGCAUCACCUGAGUAGUAAACAUUUCCCAGUAGGACAAAUGCCCAAGGAAAUGAUCUAUGCUACUCCGCUAAGGAAAUCAGAUCGUUAUAAAAGCGGUGAACGUAGCAGACUUCAGCAACCCUCGGCUCCUACUGCCAGAACUAUAAAUGAGGCUAAUGAAGCGAAUGACUUGAAGUUAACCAAUAUUAUGGAUUACAAACUCAAUACCCGUGAUAGUAAUCGUUUGAGUAAUAGCAAUCGUAAUGGCAACACUAUACCGGUUACUGACUUAGAUGACGAACCAGACUCAGGCUGUACCUCCAGCAAUAUGUAUACCAAUCAGGGUAUACCAUUGCCCACGACUAGCAGUGGUGGUGGUGUUUCUAUAAGUCACCAGUUAGAAGACAGGCGCAUAUUAAAUUUCCUUAAAGACACUACUCAGCUGCAUAAGAAAAUGGAAAUGUCUGGAAAGGAUUGUCCAAAUUCGAGCUUUUCCAAUUUAGCCAGAGAAGAACAUUUUGCCAAUUUAGUGCAACAAAAUUUUCCAGUAGAAUUAUCUCGUCGUAGUGUUGAUCCUGAAGAUGAGAUGGAAGCUGCUUUAGAGGGUGCCGGUAAUAUGGAGCGCAAUAUCGAGGAAACUUCCGAUAACUUAGAAGUUUUAAUGCAAAAGAAGAUUUCACCCGACAAAGAGGUUAAUGGUUUUGUAUCCAGUGGUCAUCAGCAGAUAGUACAUCAUCAUCACCAUUAUCCAUCACAUCAACGCUAUGAAGCUAAAGUGUAUAUAAAUCGUGAAUGGGUAUUGAAAAAGAUAGCCAUGUGCUUGGAACAACGAACCGCCGGUAAAAAAUCUAUGCCCGGUCUGCUGGGAGCUGUAGGAGGUAGCAAAAAUGAGCCAUUUGCAGGAUCCUCACAAUUUAUGUCGGCCCGUGCUAAAGCUUCUGCUAUAUCUUCUUCUACUUAUAAUGGUUGCUUGGUGUUGGGGUCCAAUGGUUCUGGCAAGACUUCCAUCUGUCAAGCUAUACUUAACGGUAAUUCUGGCACCAAGGGCAUAUUGAAUCGAAAAUUGUUGGCAUGUUACUUAAUUGAAUCACAAAAUCCCGAAUGUCAUAGUCUCUCGUUGUUUAUAAGAAAAUUGGUGUUGCAAAUAUUGAGUCAUUCUUCACUUAUUACCAAAGAUGAAUCACAGCGUAUUAUCGAUGAGGGUUUUUCAUUUCUUCAAGAUGAAGUUCAACAGCAAGAAUCUAAACUAGAUGAAGCCAUGAAUAAUAUUUCUCUAGAUGAAAAUGCUGAAGAUAUUCUAAUAGCCGAACUAAAGAGAGGAGCUAAAGAAUGUGAUUUUGUCGAAUUAGAUGAUUUCCAAGAGCGUCGUACUUCUACCAACAAAAAGUCGGAAAAUUUACAGCUCUUACGUCAGAAAUCAGAACCGGCGCCAGAACAAGAUUUCAAUGAUUCAGAAGUACCAGAGAAAUACAACUAUGGUACCCAUCCUCCCAAGGGGACUAAGAAUAAGGCCACGGCAGAUUACGAAGAAAAUAAAGAUAACGAUACGGAAAAGUUUAGAAAAAGAGAUGAAGAACAUUCCUGUUCAUCCUCCAGUAAAACUAGUCCCGGUAAAAAAUCUAAAAUUCCCGUUAAACUAACAAGACCUGGUGCAGUAGCAUCACCCGUUAAGCAUGUAAACACAACAGCCAACAGUUCGACAAUACCUCAGCAAGGGGGAGGGGAAGAUAUUGCUGUGGUCAUUAGUGAAGACUUGAAACAGGAAAUUCAAGCUGCCAUCGAAGCUGAUGUUAACAAUGAAGAUUUAAAAUCUGACAAAGAUGAAAAGCAGGACAACGAAGAUAAACCCGAAGCUGAUAAAGAUUUCGAAGAGUUUUCUAGACUGAAUCAACAGAAGAAAGAAACAACGACUAGGGAGAGUAAGGAAAAAGAAGAAGACAAUGAGCGUAAGCAGAGAUUAAAGGAUGAAAAGCUCGAAGAUAGCUAUAUCGAUAACAAUCUAAUUGAUUUCGAUCUAUCUGUUAAUGGCAAAACAACGGAGUUACCUAUGGAUGAAGGGGAACCUAUGUCUCUAAACACUCUACCUCCACCCUUGCCCAAAACUAAAAGUUGCCGCACUAUUAUUGCCGAUGGUUACUACGAAAUGUUACUCUCUAAUCCUGAAAUAUUUGAAUGUUUGACAGUCGAUAACAUAGAAAAAAACCCCGAUGAAUGUUUCAAAAAAGCUUUGCUAUUUCCACUUUUAGAGUUAACACCACCUAAGACGGCCCUGUUGCUGCUAAUAGAUUCCAUCGAUGAGAACUACAUCAAUGAGGGAAAUUUAAUUUCCACCUUAAAGGGCGGCCGUGGUAAUGCUACUACCCAUAAAAGUCGAAAUGUAGCCGAAUUAUUAUCGAAUCAUAUACAUCUAUUUCCAAAAUGGUUAUUCUUGGUUUGCACUACCAAGAAACAAACAAAACAAAUUACCAAAAUGUUUACCGGGUUUAAGAAAAUCACUUUAGAUGAUUUACGCAAAUCGCAUGUGGUUAAAGAUGUGCAGGAAUAUAUCAUCAAUAGAUUAAACUCUGAUUUUAAAGACAGUAUUAUGUUGACAAAGGAGAUAAUUGAGUCCUUACAUCAACUAUAUAUUAAAUCGAAUGGAUGCAUUCUUUACUUGGAAAAAGUUCUGAAUGGCAUCAAGGAGAACUUUUUCAGUUUUCGGGAAAUCAAGUUAAUACCCUGCACUCUAAAUGGUUUGUAUUUGUACAUAUGCCAGAAAUCCUUCAAUAAAAAGCAAUACAUGAAAAUAAGACCAGUAUUGAAUGUACUUCUGGCCUCUUCUGGUUAUGUGGACAAACUGUUUUUGUUCAAUUGCCUUAGAACACACAACUAUACGAUUGACAAUGAAGAGUUUGAAAAACGUUUAUUGUUAAUGAAAAAUAUUCUGCUCUACGAUAAUGACCAGCAAAGACUGAAAAUAUUCCAUAAUUCCUUCUCCGAUUGGUUGGUAGAUGUUAAAUUUGCCACCAAGAAAUUUAUUUGCGAUGUUAACGAAGGUCACGUAAUGAUCUCCAUGUAUUACUUGCUAGUAGCUGAGACUCUGUGUGCAAAUACAGUGCGUAAAUUUAUUUAUCAUCUCAUUAAGUCUGGGGAGUACCUUACUAACCGUAGCAUUGACUUGGAUUUAAUAUUAAUGCUCUUGGAAUCACGUCUCAAUUUAAAUGACUGCUUUUAUACUAACCACUUAAACUGUUGUUCUCAAUGUGAAGUGGAUUUUAAAAAUGAUCCGAACUUUUUACCCAAAACCCGCAAUAUGAUUGAAAAGUUUUUGAACAACGAAUUGGGUGAUGAAUUUUCACAAUUGUUAUGUGAUUUCUUCAAACCCAGCUUACCUACAGAUGGCAAGAUUUUAAAGCUACUCAUCGAAACGGGGAUUAAUAAUGCAGAUACUCAAACAUCUUGCGAAUCAUCAUUAAUGUCACCCGAGCUUUCCGAAAAGUCGCAAAACAUCGACUUUGAAUUAGCAGAUCUGUUGAUAUCCAGUGAGAGGUCUUGUAUUUUAGAGACCCAAAGACCUACGAGCCCUUCAGAAAAAAGUGAGCCACAUCAUGAAAGCCAGGAUGACAAUGCUUCAUCAACACUGCACCAACUUUCAGAUUCUAAUCGUCUAGAGUUGCAUAAGGGCAAGGCCUUGAUACAUAUCCUGGCAAAUGAUGGCAAUCAUUUACUACUUGAACGUGCACUAAAUGCUUGCAAAGGACCCAUUGAUUUAGAAAUUGAAGACUACAAUGGCCAGACGGCUUUAAAUAUAGCUUCGCGAAAUGGACAUUUGGAUGUGGUCAAGUUAUUGCUAAACUUUUCUCAGCCGUGUAAUGAUGGCACUGGCCGCAUGAAACGUGUUGAUGUAAAUCAUGCCGAUCGAGAUGGUUGGACACCUCUACGUUCAGCUUCUUGGGGAGGGCAUACUGAAGUGGUUAAACUGCUUAUAGCCCAUCCAGCUUGUAAAAUUGACUUAGCCGACAAAGAAGGUCGUACUGCUUUAAGAGCUGCUGCUUGGAGUGGCCACGAAGAUAUUUUGAAAAUACUCAUAGAACAUGGCGCCGAUGUUAACUCAGUUGAUCGACAGGGACGUACCUCUUUAAUAGCUGCCUCCUAUAUGGGACAUUAUGAUAUUGUGGAAAUACUGCUGGAAAAUGGAGCCAAUGUAAACCAUCUUGAUUUAGAUGGCCGCAGUGCUUUGUGCGUCGCAGCUCUCUGUGGUUCAUCUGGUUACAGCAAAGUUAUAUCAACUCUUCUAGAACAUGGUGCUAAUACCGAUCAGCUGGACAAUGAUGGGAUGUCACCUUUGUUGGUUAGUUCAUUUGAAGGAAAUGCUGAGGUUUGCGAACUGCUACUCGAAAAUGGUGCUGAUCCUGAUUUAGCAGAUUUUAUGGGCAGAACUCCCUUAUGGGCAGCUUGUACUGCCGGUCACGCUAAUGUUGUUAAACUAUUGCUCUUUUGGGGUUGUGGCAUAGACUGCAUGGAUUCUGAAGGUCGGACAGUUCUUAGUAUUGCUGCUGCUCAGGGUAAUAUAGAAACUGUGCGUCAACUAUUAGAUCGCGGUCUUGACGAGACCCAUCGCGAUAACGCGGGCUGGACACCACUGCAUUAUGCUGCUUUUGAAGGGUUUCACGAAGUUUGCCUUCAAUUAUUAGAAUCAGGAGCGAAAAUCGAUGAAUGUGAUAAUGAGGGUAAGACGGCUUUACAUUUGGCCGCUCAAGAAGGUAGAACAAAAUGUGUUCAAGUAUUAUUGGAGUGCCAUGCAACAUUUGUCGAUCAAAAGGCCCACGAUGGGAAGACAGCUUUCCGUUUGGCUUGCUUAGAAGGACAUUUAGAGACGGUUCAAUAUCUUUUGAAAUACAAUUGUGACGUUAAUGCUAAAGAUGCUGACUCUCGAACAACUUUAUAUAUUCUGGCUUUGGAAAAUAAAUUGGAAAUGGUUAAAUAUUUAUUGGAAUUCACUGAUGUUGAUGUUAAUAUCAGUGAUAGUGAGGGACGUACCGCUUUACAUGUAGCUGCCUGGCAGGGUCACGCUGAUAUGGUGAAAAUGUUAAUAACAUUGGGUAAUGCUGAUGUUAAUGCCAUGGAUUUGGAGGCUCGCACACCGUUACAUUCUUGUGCCUGGCAGGGAAAUCACGAUGUUAUGAAUAUCUUACUAUACUUUGGAGCUUUGGCUGAUCAUGCCUGCAAACAGGGAGCUACAGCUUUAGGCAUAUCAGCGCAAGAGGGUCAUGAAAAGUGUGUCAUAGCAUUAUUGAAAUAUGGCGCCAAUCCCUAUAAAUCUGAUCAUUGUGGACGCACACCCAUCAAAUUGGCAGCCAAAUCAAAUCGCACAAAUAUCUUAAAGAUUUUCGACAACUAUACCAAAAAUGAAUCUAACAAUCCCUUGGAGAGCAAAUUUCAUCCUGCAAAUAUGUUACGUUCACCCGAUCAGCCACCAUCUAUACCCGCUCAUGCUAAUUUAGGUGUUGGUAGUCUAACAACAUCACCAUUCCCACCUCAUGCCUCAGCAUCAUCUGUUUGCUCGGCUGCCACCACAGCCACAGUUAAUAAUAACAUGGCAGCACCUAGUAUACUUAAUGCCUCAAGUUCAACACACAGUUCAAAUAACUUCUAUCAGAAUACAAUGCAAUCGGAUACAAGCAGUUUACACAAACGUAAAAGUGUAAUAUCUAGUCAAUCAACAGGCAGUAGUAAUGAUGCGCCUCUUACUUUUACCCAACAAUUGCAGCGUCAAACCAAACUAAGCUCUCGCAACAAUCCUUUUGUGCAAAAUUCGCCUAUGGUCAAUGCAAAACAUAAUUCUGCCUCCUCUUCGUCAUUGGCUCAUAAAAAUUCUGCUCACCAAAGGCAUUCACAAAUCCUACCCGAUCUCAGUGAACAUCAAAUGGCUUCUCAUAUGGCCAGUAAUGAGGCUGAUCUUUAUGAUAUGGAAUGUAUGUCACCCUUAUAUGCAACACCACCUCACUCUCCUAGCAGUGAGCUAAGUUCUCCCGGUCAAUUGCCGUCUAUCAAUAAUAUUGAUGAUUGCGCUGGUGCAUCGGGUAUGAAUGGCAGCAGCGGUGCCAGUUGUUCAGGUGGAAAAUCGGCAUUGCCCGAUAAUCAUUUUGCUCGCGAUACUCAUAUGCGUAUAAUUUUGGGUAACCUUAAGGAGUCUCAAGCCAGUUCAUCAAGCAAGAGCAAACGUAGUGGCAUUACCACAAAUCCAGCAAUGCGUCUAAUACGCAGCCGAUUCGAUUCUGCUGCCCAACUUAUAAGACGUACUAAUAAUAUACUCUCUAACAGCGGGCAGGGUUCAUCAAGUAUUGGAGUGAAAUCCGGCACUUUCCAGUGGCGCAAAGAAAGUCAAAUGUAAAUUAAAAAAAAUAUAUAUAAGAAAAAUGUUAUAAAAACAAAAAAUAAAAAACAUUAAAUUAAUAUUAAUUUAAUAAAAUAAAAUUAUUUUUUUUUUUGUUAAUUUUU